CCCUCUUCUUCUUCUUCUUCUUCUUCCUCUUCGACUUUCUCCCCUGCCUCCUUCUUUCAUUCUCCAAUUCCCUUCCAUCUUCCUCCCAUCCGCCUCGUCGUGCAUCUUUUUUUUGCAGCAAUAAGUCGUCGCCUCCCCCGUCAACUCUUACCUUCGACCCCCGUCUUUUCUAUAUUCAUCAUGUUGCCCAUUCUGCUCCUCUCCACCCUGGUGGCCUCGGCAACCGCCGCCAACAACUACACGCUCCCCGAAGGAUUCGACUUGAACAAGGUGAACCCUUCGACUCGAGCUUCCUGGUGUGUUGCGGAGCGGAACGCCUGCCCUAAGAUCUGCGGCGGAGUCUCCAACGCCAACUCUUGUGAUCCUUCGACUCUGGAUUUUACCUGCACUUGCGGCAACGGCAGUGCUGCCAACGUUGAGCCCUACCAGGGGACUGUGCCUUACUUCGUGUGCCAGGAGAACUUCGGGCAGUGCAUUGAGCGCUCCUCGAGUCUGGAUGAAGAGGAGAAGUGCAAGGAUGCUCGCAGCGGGUGCGGCUCGCAGAAUGCCUCGGAGUCGUCGUCGUCGUCCUCGACGACAACCUCCGCUACCUCCUUGCCCACUGCGACCGAGUCGUCCGACAGCUCCGACGACGACGAAGAGUCCAGCACCGCGACUCGCACUAGCUCUAGCACCGGAAGCGCUGCGACCACCACCAAUGCCGCCGUGCGCAUGGCCCAGGACCACGCGACGGGCGUGUUGGCGACGGUCUUCUUCCUGGCGCUCCGCCUCACGCUGUAAAUGGGUCCUCCGAGAUUGAAGUGGGAGAGACGAGGGACGGUUAAUUAUUCGGUGGCGAAGGGAGGUCUUCUGUCACGCGCCGUUCUCAUUAUCAUUUUGUUUUCUGUUUGCUCUGUUAUGACGG